AUGGCCACCCCGGGCCCGGCUGCUCCUCACUCCGGCCCUCCCAUGCCCAUCCAAGCUGUCCACUCCCCCCGCCACAGCUGUCUGCUCACGAGCCCAUCGAGCAUGUCGGGUGGGCACAGAAGACAUCCACCGCCGCCGCUGUUGACCGUCCGUCUGGCCGGCCUCCAUGUCCAGAGAUCUGCAGCCGGCGCUCUCGCAGAUAUCUCAGCCGCCUUCUUUGCCUUCUUCUUUUCACCGCGCGAACUUGAACUGCCAGCUGACCGGCGCCUACUAGAGGAUUCGAGUGGAAUUCCGCGGCUGUGUCCCCGAUUCGACGGAUCAGCUUGGCCGGCGUCGAUGGCUGCGCUCAUCAAGGAGUGA